AUGAUCAGACUCAGACCUGCUUUUGCAUUAUUGCCUCUCUUUCUUCUCUUGAUUGUAGGUAUUGUCGAAUCAAGAAAGGAUCUAGGAGAAUAUUGGAAGCUAGUAAUGAAACAACAAGAUAUGCCUGAAGUAAUUCAAGGACUCCUUGACGAAAAUACUAAAAAGAAUUUUAAGACUCUGAAGCAUUCAUUUGACGAUAGGGAAAAGAAGAAAGUUGUCAAAGAUUUUGAACCAAUACCUAAUAUUUCAGCAUAUGGAGAAAAUGACAUUGAUGUUAAGAAAAAGAAGAGAGCCAUAAAAGAUUUCGAACCAAGACCUAACAUUUCAGCUUAUGGAAAAAACGACAUUGAUGUUAAGCAAAAAAAGGGUGUCAAUGAAGAUUUCGAACCUAGACCAAAUAUUUCAGCUUAUGGAAGAAAAAACAUUGACGUUAAGGAAAAGAAUAGAGCCAUUGAUGAUUUUGAACCAAGACCUAACAUUUCAGCAUAUGGAGAAAAUGACAUUGAUGUUAAGGAAAAGAAGGGAGAAAUUGAAGAUUUCGAACCAAGACCAAAUAUUUCAGCUUAUGGAGGAAACGACAUUGACGUUAAGGAAAAGAAGGGAGCUAUUGAAGAUUUUGAACCAAGACCUAACAUUUCAGCAUAUGGAGAAAAUGACAUUGAUGUUAAGGAAAAGAAGGGAGAAAUUGAAGAUUUCGAACCAAGACCAAAUAUUUCAGCUUAUGGAGGAAACAACAUUGACGUUAAGGAAAAGAAUGGAGCCAUUGAAGAUUUUGAACCAAGACCUAACAUUUCAGCAUAUGGAGAAAAUGACAUUGAUGUUAAGGGAAAAAAGGGAGAAAUUGAAGUUUUCGAACCAAGACCAAAUAUUUCAGCUUAUGGAGGAAUCAACAUUGACGUUAAGGAAAAGAAGAGAGUCAUUGACGAUUUUGAACCAAGACCUAACAUUUCAGCAUAUGGAAAAAAUGACAUUGAAGUUAAGGAAAAGAAGGGAGAAAUUGAAGAUUUCGAGCCAAGACCUAACAUUUCAGCUUAUGGAAAUAAUGAAAUUGAUGGUGAAAUCAAAGGAUUUUGA